CUCCUUGUCCCGGAAGAAGGAAGAUAUUUCGCAGAGGGAUGAAAGUCUCUUGAAUGCAGAAAUCCCACCCAGGCCACUGACAAUUUUGAACUAAUUUGCUGUCUUAUUAAAUCUGUCCAGCAUCGCAUUCUGCUAUUUGGACUUCGCAGGAGCUCUCAGGGUAUGGAAUAUGGCAACAACUGAAACGCAGCUUAUGUUAAGCGUCGGAUUAAUCGAGAAAGAUGUGAACGGAGACACGCUGUGGGUGUGGUGCUAUCCCUCUGUGGGCUCAGACCUCAGACAAGUCCUGCUCAGCAAGUGCUGUCUGACACAGGACGGCCGGGAUUUUCACACCUUUGUGUUUGGUCAGUUCUGUCGUACGUGGUACUACAUCACCACAGCGGAGGUGCAGGAAUCCACACCACUUAACAAGGUCACUCAUUUUUCAAUAGUUGUUACAGCAAAAGACUUCAACCCUGAGAAGUAUGCCGCACUUAGCAGAAUACUCUGCAGGAUGUACAUCAAACAUGGGAGUCCAGUGAAAAUGAUGGAGGCUUACGUCAACGUCCUCACCAAAGGAAUUUGCCAGAGCGAUGAAAACGGCUCAUUUCUAAUCAAGGACUAUGACGCCCGGAAAGCGUACUUGGCCAGUUCAGUCAAAGAUGUGGUGUCUCAGUUUGGUAUGGAGACCAUCAUCCUAUAUACUGCUCUCAUGCUGAAGAAGAGGAUCAUUGUCCAUCACCCUCGGAUUGAAGCGUUGUUGGAGUUUACAAGAGUUCUGCCCACUCUGACAUGGCACAGGAAAGACUGGUCCAUCGUGCACCCAUAUGUGCACCUGACUGAUAUUGAACUAGAGGAUCUCAAGAAAUGUCCUGGAUAUGUAGCAGGGUUUGUAGAUCCAGAAGUGAGCAACAGAUCAGACUUGUUUGAUGUAUAUGUGAACCUCCCAGACAGUGUCAUCACAGUAUCCCAGAGUGCCAAAGAGGCCAUGGCUAUGGGCAAGUUACACAAGGAGAUUGGCCACCUUAUUGUCCAGUCUGCAGAGGAUGCUGAGAGGUCAGACAGUCAGGUCAUUAAGGAUAUUUCCGUCAAGACAAAAGAGGUCCUUGCUAACUUGGUGGCCCUGGCUAACGAAUGUGAAGACUCUAAAAUCACAUUGGAAGCCUUAAAGCGGCAUAAUUUCCCUACUGCGACAGAGAACUUCCUCUUUCACUUGGCAGCUGCCGAGCAGCUGUUGCGGAUAUGAGCCUGCUUUCAGUCGCUCCGCUGCAGGACUCUGGCUGUGCUGUUGUGUGAAUUUUGGGAUAAUAGCUGUUUUCUGAAAGGCUCAUGCAGACUCUCACUUAUCACAAGAGUGUGCACUUUCCACAGUAAUCUUCAUGUGAAAGUGUUAGAGUUUGUUAAAAAUGACAGCGCACAGGUAUUUCAAGUUAGUUUACCUUUUUAGUAAGUGAAACUAUGUAUCUGUGAUUCCCUUAAAGGAAACUAUGGGCCUGGAGCUAAGUGCUACACACAGUAGUUGAAAACAGACAAACGUGCUAUCCAUUUUGAUCUUUCCAUGGCAUUUGGCAACAAAAAAUAAAAUAAAUGAAAUGAGUACUAGCUUUAUCUUUUCAGCAUUACUAGUUAUGGAUAAAAGGCACUACAGUUAGUGUCCAUGAGAGGAUGAGAUGGAUACAGAUAAGCUGGUAUGUCUGAUGGUGUACUUCACAUCUGACUUUCCGCUCCGCAGUGCGAAGCUGUACUCAGAAACGUCCGAAAUCUCGUCCCUGGUCUGAAAUGUCGGGUGGUCACUGUGAAGACACUGUGAAGUUUGACCCACAUCAUUAUAUAAAUUCAGCAUCAGCAGCUGAAGUGGCUCAGAUGUUAACAAGCUCAUAUCAUUAUUGUUAUUAAGUUAGUUGAUGAAAAGCAUUGCCCGAGUCUGCCUGGGUUUGUUUGCUUUUUUUUUUUUUUUUUUUUUUUUUUUUUUAAACAAUGUCACAUUUUGUAUUUUACUUAUCACUUUAGUGCUGAAAUACACAAGCAAACUGUGUUGUGUUAUGAGGCUUUUUCUCAAAGUGUUUUCUAAAAAAGCAGAAAAAGAGCUGUUCCUCAGCCGGUGGAAUAACGAUUGGUGCUUCCAUGUCCACAUUGAUUAAUACUGCAUUGUGUGUCUUGCUGUUCAGGUUCUGUUUUUUAUUGGUAGUUAGUGCUGUUGUUUUAUAGCUGAGUACAUUGUUAACCACAUUGCCAAAAGCAUUUUUUCAGAUAAGACACACAGUGGAUUACAUAGCAAUGCUGAUGUAACUUUAAAAACUAAAUGUAUUUUCAUGAUGUAAUAUUUCCUAUCGAUAAAUACAUGCAGUAAUCCAACUGAAUAAAUUUACUACCAGAAAGUG